CGUAAUCGUAAUAGUUAGUGCAGUAUCGGAACGCAUGCUGUAAAAAUAUGGCGGCGGCAAUUGUUAGUUCGGCUCGUCAGGUGGGGAGGCUAACAAAUGCUGCCAGAAGACUUUAUUCAGACCAAUUCCCGAAAAUAACAACACAUUAUACGAUACACCCUAGAGAUAAGGACCCAAGAUGGAAAGAUAUAAACAUGGAGCGUAUGGCAGAGGAGACAGACAUCCUGAUUAUUGGUGGUGGUCCAGCGGGCAUGGCUGCGGCCAUCAGAGCUCGACAGAUUGCAGAGGAGAAGGGAGCUGAAGUUCGAGUAACUCUACUAGAGAAAGCCGCCGAGGCCGGAGGCCACAUACUCUCAGGGGCCUGCGUGGAUCCCAUCGCGUUGAAUGAGCUCAUCCCCGACUGGAAGGAGAAGGGGGCACCCAUGGACACGGUGGUUAAUUCUGACAAGUUCGGAUACUUGACCAAGAGCGGGAGGAUUCCUAUCCCGGUUUUACCAGGUAUGCCUAUUUACAACCACGGCAACUACGUUGUCCGGUUGGGACACCUGGUCAGAUGGAUGUCGGAACAGGCUGAAGCGGCCGGUGCCGAGGUAUGGCCGGGCUGCGCAGGCGCCGAGCUCCUCUACCGCGACGACGGUUCCCUGAAAGGUGUGGCCACAGGGGACGUGGGCAUCGCCAAGGACGGGAGCCCCAAGGACAUGUUCGAGCGCGGCAUGGAAUUCCAUUCCAAGAUCACCAUCUUUGCUGAAGGUUGUCACGGACAUUUAACAAAGAUGGUGUCCAAAAAGUACAAUUUAAGAGAGAAGAGUGAACCUCAGUCAUAUGGUAUCGGUCUGAAAGAGUUGUGGGAAGUCAAACCUGAGAACCACAAACCCGGCCUAGUCGAGCACACAAUCGGCUGGCCGUUGGACAAGAACACAUACGGCGGUUCCUUCAUCUACCACCUACAAGUGCCCGAGGGCGAAGCUCCCUUAGUGGCGAUGGGCUUCGUCAUAGGACUGGACUACGCCAACCCGUACCUGAGUCCGUUUAAGGAGUUCCAGCGAUUCAAGCUGCAUCCAUAUGUGAAGCCACUGUUCGAAGGUGGAUCUCGGAUAGCGUACGGCGCUCGAGCCCUCGUGGAGGGCGGCUGGCAGUGCAUGCCGGCGCCCGCGUUCCCCGGCGGCUGUCUGGCCGGCGACACGGCCGGCUACCUCAACAUGCCCCGCAUCAAGGGCACGCACAACGCCAUGAAGAGUGGCAUGUUGGCGGCCGAGGCCGCGAUGGAUCUCAUAAUAUCGGGCGAGGCCACUCACGACAAAGGCGUCGUGCCCUCUGCAUACGAAGACAGGCUUAAGCAGUCCUUCGUUUACAAGGAGCUGAAGCAAGUCCGCAACGUGCGGCCGUCCUUCCACACGAAGUUGGGGCUAUGGGGCGGUCUGGCGUACGGUGGCUUCUCCGUGAUCUCGCGCGGAGCCGAACCCUGGACCUUCAGCCAUGGAGGAGCGGAUCACGCGAAGCUAAAUCCGGCGAAGGAAUGCCAGCCCAUCGAAUACCCGAAACCUGACGGAGUCGUCACGUUCGACUUACUAUCCUCCGUCGCGUUGACAGGCACUAACCACGAGGGCGACCAGCCGCCGCACCUGACGCUGCGGGACGACUCCGUGCCCGUCGCCGACAACCUCGCCGUGUACCACGGGCCCGAGGCGCGGUUCUGUCCCGCAGGUGUAUAUGAAUUUGUACCAAUGGAAACUGGAGACGGACAGAGACUACAGAUAAAUGCACAAAACUGCAUACAUUGUAAGACGUGUGACAUCAAGGACCCCUCGCAGAACAUCAACUGGGUGGUGCCCGAGGGCGGCGGCGGACCCGCGUACAACGGCAUGUAGACCCCACCGCCACGCCGACUUAUUAUAUACCUCCUUCUAUACCCCUAAACCCUCUUCCACACCAAACAAUCUAAUUGCUAAUCAGAUCGGUCAAUUGAAUUACGAAUAAUCUUAAUCUUAUAAUAGUUAUUUACGAUACAAGUGCGGAAAAGAGGAAAUUCGAAACGAGUGGCGAUAAAUUAAAACACGACCGCAGGGAGUGUUUUAAAUCGACACGAGUUGCGAAUUACCUAUUCGCACGUGUAUCGUACAACGUUUUACAGUACAUAUGGCCCUUUAAACUUUCGACAUAUGCACGAAAAGUGCUCUUUUACGCACUAGUGCAAGAAAGUAACACCAUAUGUACUGUAAAAUUUUAUUUCGACCCGAAAAUAUUUUAUUUACUUACCGAUAAUACGUUACGCCACUAUCUUUUUAGGGUUCCGUACCCAAAGGGUAAAAACGGGACCCUAUUACUAAGACUUCGCUGUCUGUCUGUCUGUCUGUCCGUCUGUCACCAGGCUGUAUCUCAUGAACCGUGAUAGCUAGCCAGUUGAAAUUUUACAGAUGAUGUAUUUCUGUUGCCGCUAUAACAACAAAUACUAAAAACAGAAUAAAAUAAAUAUUUAAGAGGGGUUCCCAUACAACAAACCUGAUUUUUUUACCGUUUUUUGCGUAAUGGUACGGAACCCUUCGUGCGCGAGUCCGAGUCGCACUUGGCCGGUUUUUUCUUAACAGUGGAUUGAUUUUUACACGUUUUUAAGGCGCAACACGGCUUUAUCGCGUUUUGUUGACACACAUACGAAUGCUAAGAGCGUUGGCGAGUGAUAAAAAUCUGUUAUAACGAGUUGCUGCCGCCCAGCAUCAACGCAUGGAGCAAAAUAUAUGUUGUAUGUGACGGCUCUAUACGAAGUAAUAUUUCAAUGAUCUGAAAGUCAUAAGUUGAAUACCAUCAGUCGCACUGUAUACUGAUUGAUAGUAUUACUGUUAUCCUCACAUAAGAAUACUGUAUUUUGUCUAGCCAUUUUUGUCACUAGAUAAAAUAACACAUAUUUAUAUCAUAAAUGUAAUUGUACAAUGGAAUCAUUUACCUAUGACUGACUGAUUGAUUCAGUCUACAACUACAUUAGGAUGGUAUUCCAUCUGUCAAAUGUCUUGGUCCAAUGUGCAUUGCGUCUCACUCUCUCAUUAAAGUCAUAAAGCAAAAUGUGAGACGCAAAUACACAUUGAACCAAGAAAUACCACCCGUAGUCACAUUAUAAACAGCACAAAAUCUUAUGAUACCUGUAAAUACAUUCUGCUAUCCUAUAUUCAAGGACAACCAGUGUCGAAAGCUCAUUCAACUGUUUACUUUAUAACACAUUGCUUUCACAUUUAUUUUAAUUAUUUUUAUCUUUAGGUUAAGCGGUUAUCACAUGCGCCGCCUACAAACCGCGCCAGUGUGAUAACCGCUUUAUCAACAAGCAUACUGUAUAUCGCGACAGAAAUAAUCUAAAAACUGUCGGGCUGAGCUUGCCGGGAAAAAAACUUAAAACAUGGAAUAUGUCUUCGCCGCUUAUAUUUAUUUACACGUGUUUGUGACGUGAAUGAAACUUGUGUCAAAUAAUGGCUACUACAUAGUUAUUACUAAAUAACAACUAAAGAAUCUGCUAAAAAUAGUAGUGUAUGUAGGCUCCAAAGUAAUUUAUCUGUUUUAACUGUUAUGGUUACUAGUGGGUAAUCUCUUAUAUGCCUUGAUAUGCGUCGUUCUCAAGUAAAAGAUACCACAUUGUCGCUUACCAUAAAGGUGAAAUUUGCUUGCAUCUCUAUACUAAUAACCUGUUAGAGCGUGCUUGUGGUAAGCGACAAUGUGGUACCUUUUACUUGAGUACGACACAUAUGCUUAUUUACAGUUUUGAGAAAACAUUUUAUUAAACGAUUCCUUUUGAUCGUUGUAACUACUGCCAUUGAAAUCAAAUAUUCACUAGCAAAAUCUUCAUAUUGUAUACCUAUUUUCUAUUACAGUUUAAUCAGAAAAAAUAUUGUUUAUGCAACUUGACCUUUUUGUAUAGACAGACAACAGAUAAGUAAAUACGCACAUAUUGUUUUAUACACUGUAGUUAAAAUUUUCGAUUGGUCUUUUGACUAAGUAGUGAAGCAUCAUGGAGCUGUGUACAUUGUAUGUUGUUAUAUUUUAAAAUAAUCGAUAAAUUAUUAAAUGUACCGUGCAAAUGUGCGAGUGUUAGAUAUCCGAUUUUAGUAUAAGCGUUAUUUUAUACAAAGUUUUCAUGAAUAAAUGAUUAUUUUAGUA